GAGUCCGCAAGGAAGGCCGUUCUGUCAGGCUUUCGCCAAUGGUGGGCAAUGUCUGAUGCUGACAAGGCCCGUGCACAUCCGCUGACCAAGCGCUUCUGUGAGCAAGGGCCCCUGAACAGUGAGCUUCUAGACUUCCUGAAUGGCCAAGAUCGUUCGGAGCUUCCGCUUGUCAUGCAAGAAGCAGGCCGUUUGUUGCUAGUGCCAGUGAAUGAGAUAUCAGUGGAGCGACUUCAUGCUCAAACUCGCAAAGAGCUCAAGCGAGGACCUGCCGCGGGUGCUGAUUAUGACAAGAUAUCAAAGCAAAUUGUUUACCAUUUGGACUUGCAGUCACAGUUCUUGCCUUCCAAUCCUGCAUUCAACAAGACAUCCGGUCGUGGCUCUGGUGCAGAGGGGGCAGUGUCUUUGGAGGAUUUGCGACAGCAGCUACUCUUGGAGAAGUUCCGUCAAGUGCAUGCUCCAGGAACAUUUUACACCAUCCGCAAAGCCUAUGCAGCUGAUGUUUUGGUUGCUGAUGAGUUGCCAGUUUUUCACGUGAACUCUCGGCCGCAGGAGUCUGCAACAGACCUUAUGUUUCAGGCUGACGGCGACGCGGAUGUUGAUGUCGAUUCAGCAGUGCCGGGCCCUGUCCAAAAUCAUGCAGAAGUGGCUCCGCCUGCCAGGGACAGGGAUUUGUUCAUAGCCUUUCAGGUCCUGAACAUAAAGCCUUCGGCCAAGAAAUAUGCUCUCUGUGACACAGGCAAGGAAUUGCAGGUCACAGACAUCGCCGUGUCCCAACACCGUGUCUUGAACCUAGAUACAGUUGCCAAAGAGUUGGAGGUUUCCAUGGAACCCGGCUCAGAUUCAAAGGCCUGGUCCCGAAUGUUGACUGCCAGGGCCCUGAGUAGUUGCUAUGCGUGGAGUGCAAAGACGGGUAGCCUUACAGCGGCUUUGCAGGAGAGUCUUGCUGCAGAUGUUGCUUCAGAGGAGUUAUUGCAACAUAUCCGCAGAUGUGUUUCGAUGCUUUACUUGGCCAGAGCCGUUCCUAAUACAACAAACUAUGUUCCGGCGAAUACCUUGCAGGAAUCCUUCAACGAUGCAUUGGAUUUCCUUUUGUCGAAGGGUUGUGUUCUGAGAUCAGAUGGUCUGUGCCAGCUCACUUCGCGAGGCCUCGAGGCACUUCAGCUCACACAGGUUCUUGUGGAGCCAACAGCUCUGCUGUCGCUUGAGGCCGACACACCUGCUCGGAAACGUUCUGCAUCAGCUUUGCUUCAUUUCCUUGUGGAGAAGGGUUGGUCUCUUCAGCACGUCAACCCAAGACGGGCGGUAGAACCGCUCGGGCCGUUUUCUGAGGCCUCUCCUCCUUCCAGCAAAACCAUUGUGAUUAAGGAAACCCGAAAAACCAUUGAUCGAGAAUACAUGUUGGCUCUAGUUCUUGUCGAGGAUUCUCGCCACCGCAAGAAAUUGCUUGACAUUGGCAUCAACAGUAUCGAGCAUCUCAUGCCGCUUCCUUUCUAUGUCGCCCUGAACAAUGCUGAUGAGGCAGCGUUGCAGGCCAUGUUGAUGGAGGCGGAUGCUGGUGAUGAUGAAGUUGAUUUGGCACAGCGUUUUCAAAGGGUUCGACAAGGGUGGCGAAGGAAAGCAGGCUACAGGCGUGGUCGUGCAAUUCCAAACGAGCACACCAGGAUGAGGCUGACCAAGAUGCUGAAGUCCCGCCUGCCAAGCGGGCUCGUACCAACACGGGGCGUGGCCGUGGCCGUGCUGCGGCUGCGGCUGUCAAAGCCAAACCUAAACCUAAGUCCAAGGCCCAGGGUCGCGGGCGUGGCCGGGGACGUGCUCAGGCUUCUGCUUCUACAGAUGUGCCGGUGCCUCAUGAUGAAGCCGCUUCAGACCCAGAAUCCGAGCCGGUGUCCUCUCGUCAUAGCAGUAGGAAUGACAGUGGCAGUGGCAGCAGCAGCAGCAGCAGCAGCAGUUCCAGUGAUUCCAGUGCUUCAUCCUCCGAUUAGAGUGCUGUGUGUUCUGAAUGGCCAGAGCAGUUCCUGUCCGGUUGCCAAAACAGCCUGCUUGAGCAUCUUGGGAUCGCCGCUGUUGCCGUCUUCAAGACCGGAAGAUCCACAUCUCAAGGCGGGGCUCCUUUUCUGUGUGUCGAAGAGCUCAAACUUGGCAAAAUCACCUGCCAGGCGCUGGGGCCCUCUGCAAGAACGGCAUCAUCCCGAAGUUGGCUCCUCAUUGACAUAUCGCCGCUAA